AUGCACUUUCCGAUCCGAAAACCUGUGCGUGGCCGGAUCGCACGAGUGUACUCUCGGUCCGACGACCCGGGUACAGCUUCAUUACUCGGUAUCCCGCCGGAACUUCGCAACCAGGUCUAUGAGUAUUUACUCGUAGAUUGUCGAUCCAUCACUAUCGAGGCGAGAAUCGACUACGGUGACAAAAUGAACUACAGUGGCAAAAUCAACCACAGUAGCAAAAUCAACUACAGUGACAACGCUGUAAGCAGGGUUAGCAACUUCACGGGAAGCUCUGCCAUCAUUCAUACCUGCCGUCAGAUCUACCAUGAGGCACUGGGUAUUCUUUACGGCCGAAACGUCUUUCGAUUCCAGUACAGCCUACAACAGAGAGAUCGAUACAAACAUCAUACCAUCAGUCCUGUCAAGACGUGCAUAGGAUGGAUCAAAGACAUCGGGUCCUGUCUUUCAGGAUUACGUACUGUUACCAUCGACAUAGGUGUACCCGAAUUACAAGACGACCAUCUUAACUUUGAAAUCGAUGUCUACGAAGCACUCUAUGAAAAGAUGGCAAUUCUGCGAUUACUCGACAUCAUCUGGAAUGACUUCGCAAGCAAUAUAUCAAUCAGAUUCGAGCACACAUGGGAAUCCAGGUGGUACGUUCCAUGUCCAGAUACUCAAUCGCCGAAAACAAUAGACGCCAAGUGCGAGGGGAUCACUAACAUUUUGCAUGAGCUGGGAAACAAGGAUUGUUUAGGUCUGAAGGGAACACGUCGCUUGCUUCAACAGGUCUAUGUGGACCCCGACGGCCUCCAAGGUACCAUUAGAUAUCGGAAGACCGGUUCUGGAGCCAACGUCUGCCGCGAGUUCCAGUUGUUGGAAGACAUCAAGACAUACGAACUCGCCCCUCUGCCAAGUCCAUUGAGUCUGCUCGACCUACCUGCCGAGAUCAUCAUUGAUAUCGCUGAACUUGCAUUUGCCAACCACGAAGCCACUUACAACUUCGAUACUGGAAUCACGCAUGGACAUGAGUUCGGCUUGCUCAACGUCAAUAAACGGCUUCGCGGCAUGAUCCGUCCAUGCUUCCUUUCUAAAGCUCGUUUCACCCUUAUCCUAGGUUCUGAUACUUCGCAGCCUACAAAGACAAUGUAUGGAGUACUUGAGCGUCGCAUCGCAGAAUCUUCCGGAGAUUGCUGGAUUUACAAUCCUAUGAGAUACUGUACUCCGAUUGAGGCGGCUCAAGAUCAUGGGAAUGAGCCGACCAUCAUUCUGCAGUUCCCGACUGCCAACCACAUCCAGAUCAACGCAUGGGAUCUCCUGUGUACCACUGCAAUCUUCCCGCCCGGUACUACAAUCAUAGUUCGCGUACGCGAUUGUAGUGACAAUGUCCAUGUCACGACACUAGGUGAGAUUCGGAGCUAUGCUCUAGUAUUCUUGGAGGAUCUCAUGGACAAAACAGCCCCAGAGUCCUAUUGGAGCACAGUCGAAUUUUGGCUCGAUGAGCAGUGCCUUCCUGUGAGAGCCACCAUCCAGGGAGAGCACCAGGGAUCGGAGCAUGCUUGUGGGGACGUGGUAGAUGUCUCGAAUAUGAUGGAUGUUACCGCUUUGCACAACGCAGUCGAGGCAAGAGUGUGGGGACCAUACGGGACGUUGGAUGGGUUCAGAAGCAUCACUCAACCGACAAGCUGGGGUCAUGAGACGUUUGAUGACCUUGUUAAGUGUCUUCGAUCCCUUUGCCUUUGA